AAUUUUUUAAUGGGAAGAGGUAGUAAAAAACCUGGAUUCAACAUCAGGGUUUCCCCCCACCAAGCAAAGUAAAGUUGGGACCGAAACGAACACAACACAGUGGCGAAGUAGUUUGAAUUGAUUGAUCAAACUCAAACUCAAACUCUCGUUAUGAAGAAGACGCUAUCCUUUGACACGAAUUGGACACUAUCUUCUUCUACCAGGAUUCGCGUAGCAGCAGUUACUGCCAUUGCGGCCAUUGCUGCUUCCGUAUUAGCUCUAAAAGAUGCCAAAUCUUCUAAACCAAUUAGGUCCCGUUUUUCUUUAGCUUCUUUAUUACCAGAUUAUAAUCAAGAUAACCACUCCGAUAAACCCAUUUUUGUUCCCGGCUUGCGAAACCUCGGCAACAAUUGUUUCCUCAACGUCGUUUUGCAGGCUCUGGCUAGUUGUGUUUGCUUUCAGAGUUUUCUUGAUGACGUUAUUGCUGAAUAUGGGACUGAUGAACAACUUGUUGAAAACAUGCCUCUUGUUUUUUCUUUGGCUUCUUUAUUACAAGAGCUGAGCUCAGUUAGUGCUCAAAAGGUUGUAUUGAGUCCGCGGCAGUUGAUGCGUGCUAUGUCCAGCUACAUUCCAAAUUUUGAUCUUACGAGCCAGCAGGAUGCUGCUGAAGCGUUUGUUCACCUAUUGGGCACAUUGAAAGAAGAAGUUGGAGGUUGUUAUGCUCCAAAGAUAAGUUCUUUAGCAGACACUUUUGCUUCUAAUAAUAGAAUUCUUACUCCAAUACAGACGGAGUGGCAGAGUGAGCCAGAGAGAUGGCGGCGCCUCUUUCUUGGACCCUUUGAUGGGAUUCUGAACAGCGGCUUAACUUGUCAAAGUUGCUUGUCCCAGAUCUCAAAUAAAUUUGAAAAUUUUGAUUGUUUGCCUCUUUCACCUGUGCUUAGUAAUAGAUACGCUAUAAGAGUUGGUUGUACCCUGGAGGAAUGCCUGAAGCAGUUCAUUGUAGCUGAACACAUUGAAAACUACAACUGCAGCCACUGUUGGCAUAAUGCUGCAAUCAAGUAUCUUUCCUUGAUGGAAGGAGACAAGGUAGAACUUGGAAACCUUGGGAGAUGUUCUGACCAAGAGUUCUGUGAUUGCCAAAAAACUUAUAAUCUUGAAAAUCUACCGUGGUCAAAUAGGUUUUCACAUGCUUUGAAGCAGCUAAGUAUUGCUCGCUGUCCAAGGAUUUUAUGCAUCCAGCUGAAAAGAGUUCACAUGAAUGAUUUUGGAGAGUCAUUCAAAUUACAGGGCCAUAUAUCUUUUCCAUUGAUUUUGGAUGUGUCCUCAUUCAUGACAACUAGACUAGGAGUGAAGAUACAGGAAGAAGAUGUAGUGAAGAUACAGGAAGAAGAUGUACAAAGUAGAUCUAACUCUUUGCCAAACCAUAGCAAUAUGCAUUCUGGGAUAAUAAGGAUGAUUAAAUCUGGUGUCCUUUAUGGAGGAGCUAGAGAGCAGAUCGAUGCAGAUGCUCGUAUUGAAAUAGUUAGCUCGUCCACUAGUAGACAGGCAAUUCUUAUUAACUUUCCUUGUUCUGGUUCUUCAGAAAGCAUUCAGUCAAACACACAGUCGCAAUCCAUUGACACGGUGGAUGUUUCUUGUACUUCAGAUUCUCAAGAUACAUGUUUGUAUCAACUUGUUUCUGUUGUGGAACACUUUGGAAGAGCUGGAGGAGGACAUUACACUGUCUACAGAUGUGUGAGACCAGAGUCCUCAGAUGUCUCGGGUGAUUGCAUCAAUCAAAAUUCAAUGCGCUGGUUUGGUGUUUCAGAUUCUCACGUGGAUGCUGUUUCGGUCGAAGAAGUUCUGUCUGCUGAGGCCAGCUUGCUUUUCUACGAGAGAAUUCCAAAUAACUGAAAAACUGAUUUUCUUUCGUUGUUUUGGGAAGUUAUGUUCCUAUUAGUUAGAGGAGUCUAUAGUGUAACGUUUAACUUGACUAGGGAUGGUACACGGAUGUAAGCAACUUGUUCAAAUUUCAAUACCUUAAAAAGAAGAGAGAAAGAAAAAGUUAAACAUGAGAUUUUGAGGAGGGUGAUUACAAAUUACAAUGAAUGUAUGAUCAUGAUACCCUAGCCCAUCUAA